CCCUAAUCUUCUUCCCAAUCCCUCUCCCACAUGCCCGUUUCGAAGAACUUGAAGUAAGGGUUCGUUCUUCGAAUCUGGAGUCCCUCUAGGGUUUUCUCCGCCGCGAAAAGGCAAUGCUUUCGAUUCGCAGAAGCUCGAUUUCCCUCCUCCAAUUUCUUCAUUCGAGUAGUAAGAGCUCCACCAUCUUCUGCUCCGCUCACUUGCAAAUCCCCUUCUUCCUCUUCACCUCUAAAGCAGAACUCCCGUCUACUGAAACCCCCUUCAUCGUCGAAUAUCUCAUCAAUUCAGUUGGUUUAUCUCCGGAGAAGGCGAUCAAAGCUUCCAAAUUUAGCGCCCACAUCAAAUCCCCUGCGCAGCCCGAUUCCGUCCGCCAUUUCUUCAAGCAGCACGGUUUCACCGAGGCCGACAUCAAAAGGAUUAUUUUAGGGCACUCCAGAAUACUAUGCGCUAGAGUUGAUUCCACCCUGAAGCCAAAGUUCGAAGGUUUGAGCAAUCUAGGGUUCUCUGAAAUCCAGAUUGUCAAGCUAGUCACAGGCAGCCCGUUAACUCUCAAUUAUAUGAAUUUUUAUAACGUGUUUCCCAGGAUUGAGUUCCUCAGAUCUUUCCUUGGCUCCAACGAUAGAAUCAUGAAAGCCUUCUCCCAUGAUGUAUCUCUUUUAGCUCGUAGCUUUGAGAAGGUGAUCAAGCCCAAUAUCAUUUUUUUGACUGAAUGCAAGGUUUCUGAUGCAAUAAUUGGGUGUAUGUUAACUGAGGUUCGAUCAAUCAUCGGCAGGCCGCUCAGCUUCCUUAAAGCUGCAGUUAAGAGGAUUGAUGAAUUAGGAAUUCCUCGUGGGUCAUGGAUGUUCUACCAAGCUCUGCGUUCUCUCUGCUCCAACACAUCGGAACAGGUUGACGCUAAGAUCAAGUUGUUGGGCGGCUUAGGAUUCUCAGAAACGGAGGUUUCUUCUGCAAUCAGAAAACAACCUUAUAUUUUGAGCUUGUCUGAGAAGAAUUUGCAUGAGACGGGUAAGUUUUUGGUGAAGGAAGCUGGAUGUGAUCACUCUUAUUUGAGCAGCCACCCUAAUAUUUUCACCUUCAGUUUGAGUAAAAGAUUGGUGCCUAGGAAUCAGGUUUUGAAGCUUCUGAAGACGAAGGGAAUUCUGAAGAAAAAAUUGGGUUUUUAUAAUGUUAGCUCAAUGUCUGAAAGGAAGUUUGUCGAAAAGUUUAUUUUUCGAUAUAAAGAAAAGAUGCCAGAGCUUCAUGAUGUUUAUCUAUCUGCUUCUGCUGGGGAGAUUCCAAAUUGGUGUGUGAUGCUCUGAUAUCAUUCUGCACAUCUUGAGUCCAGAAGUUCAUAUAUCUUGACAACACAAACUCACAUCAUUUCAUCACACCUUGUGUUGCCCAGGUGUACCGCCUUCCGAACUUAAGGUGUUACAAUGAACUUGGAGUUUCAGAUGAAAUGUCAACAUCAUACCAAAAUGUGCCUUGAUUUUCAAGAGCAUAAUUCCAUUCUGCUCAAGAGGUUUCACAUUAGCUUCAUGGCUCUAUCAGGCCGAAUUUGCCGAGAGUCCAAAGUUCCUUCUAUCUCUGUGUCAACGAGUAGAAGUCGCCACCACAAUGAUGAACUCAUAAAUGGUAGCUUGGCGAUCCAAGACUAUAAAGCAACACAAUCAUCUGAACAACUCUCUCGCCUGCUUGGUCUCAAGAGACUGAUUAGACAGUUUCAUCUGAAAGCUUUUUAGUACAACAGCUACUCAUCCAAAGAAGGUGAAGCCUGUCAGUGACUUCAUGUGGGUUCUCCAAAUAUCUGUAAAAUCUUCAUCUAUAUUCAUGAGCUACAUCCAUCAUAUCUUUUUUUUUUUAUGGAAAACUUAUUAUAUUCUGUAAUAUAUGUUGGGUCCUAAUAGGUGAUUUUUAUUAGAAUCUUACUAACUUGAAACAAGAGAGCAGUGUUUGAAAAAAA